GGGAAAUAAAUAUAAACGGAAGGCGCAGGACGGACACCACUGGCAAUCUGGCCACUCCACUCUACAGGAGCUACAGUACUAUGGCUCGCAUCGCUCUUUUGCUACUACCACUGCUGUGCACCCUGCUCCAUUGCGGCGCGGCACCAAGUGUUUCCGGCGCCGUGUGUGACUACUCCCAGUUUGGCGCCCUCAACGCAAUGAUGAUAUACCCAAACUUCCAGUGUUACCCAGAGCGAUUCGACGUCACAGAAGCAGAAAAGAAGGCAAUCCUGGUCACACACAACAAAAUGAGGAUGAAGGUAGCAAUGGGCUUCGAGGAGCGCGGCAGCCCAGGACCUCAGCCUUCCGCCGCCAACAUGAGGGAGCUCACGUGGGACGAUGAACUAGCGCAACUGGCUCAGGCCUGGGCAAACCAGUGUUCCUUCUCUCAUGAUGACUACGCAUCAAGACAAACCUGCAAGUACUCUAUCAUUGGCCAGAACCUUCUCAUUAAAGACGUCACAGACAUGGAGAUAUCUGAGGCAAUAGACUGGCCUCUGACCGUCCAUGAAUGGUACAGCGAGGUGGCCUUCCAUCCUAACGCUUGGGUGCAGCAGUUCACAUCCCUGCACAAUGGAGAGGACGCCACCGGCCAUUACACGCAGGUGGUGUGGGCUGACACUGAUAAGGUAGGAUGUGGCGCAGUACGGUUUGAUAACCAGGCCCUCUUUGUGUGCAACUACGCGACUGAGGGCAACCUAAAGGAGCAGCCGGUGUACCAGGAGGGAAAGCCUGCCUCUGCUUGCACCGCCGGACCCUCCAACUUCUACCCCGGGCUGUGUAAAUAGUGUAAACAAAUUAAUCACGGCUGUCUCUCGUCCCUCACCCACUCAUCACGCUGUGCCUGUGGCUGUUCCUGUGUCGAAGAGGACCUAGCUAGCUUAACGCUUAUCCAUUUACCUGAAUAGUAAAUUCUGAAUUUUUUAGUAAAUAUUACAAGUAAUGAUUAUGUUCACCCUUGUUUUCUUAUUGGCAUUAUUCAAAAGGAUUACUUACCUUGCAGUUGAAGUACAAUGAUGUAGUCUAGUACAUCAUACUGCUAUCAUAGAAAGAGACACGUCACACUGCCGGCACCAACACAUCGCCAACCAACGUAACAAGAGUUCCAUAAAAAAACAUUGGCGAGCCACACACACUGAUUUCCUAUAUUACUCGUCAAAUAUAAAUGAAUAAAUAUAUGAAUAAAUUAGUGAAGUGUA